AUGCCGUCUUACAUUCCCAAAAAGACACGCUUUGCGCCUGGUACCAAGAGGCACGGACCUGAUGAAGUUUUAGAUGUGGCAUAUCUGCAAGAACUUCUUGGGGCCGUGAGGACAGGUAUUCAGGACGAGAAGAGGAGAGUGCGGGGGCUCUCGGCUCACAACUCUAAGCUUCAAAAGCGUCUGGAGGACCUUAGACAAAAGGAAGAAGAGCUGAUAGCCAUGACGAAAGAUCUCCAACGAGAGGUCCGCAAGGAGAAACUGCGAACGGAACGGCUCAGACACCAAUCUCAGAGUGCGAGAGCUUCCCGGUUAAUGGUGCAAAACUGUAACGGCUACCCGCCUUUGCCGGAUAAUCAUUGGAACCCAUACUUUGUGGAUCCUAGAGAGUUUAUGAGCCAAUUUCCGUCUAACCCUCCAAUCUCUCACGGACCUAUCUAUCAUCAGGUUCAACCGUCUCAGCCACCACCACCGCCAAAUUACUUCCACAAUCCUCACUUAUCUUAA